AUGAUAUCCAACAAAAUCGCCAUCACCACUAUUUCGUUGGGCCAACAUGCCACCCACACCCUAGAUCAAAAGAUCCGGGCCGCAGCACAGUAUGGCUUCGCCGGCCUCGAGCUCGUAUAUUCCGAUCUGAGCGCUUAUGCAGAGGCAAACGGUCUGUCAAUGUGUACAGCGGCAGAAAUUAUCCGAGAUCUAUGCGCCAAAAACAAAAUUACAAUUAUUUCACUCGCUGCCUUUGAGAACUUCGAGGGAUCCACCGUGCCGUUAGAAAAACGACUCGAGGUCGCCCGGCAUUGGAUUGACAUUGCUAGGAAGGCCGGCGCUUCCUAUCUCCAGAUCCCCUCACACUACAAGGCCGAUGAAUCGACUGGCGAUGAAACGGUACGCAUUUCAGAUUUGCAGAAACUCGCGGAUAUCGGCAGCGCCGAGCAGCCCGUCGUGUCAAUCGCUUACGAAGCGCUGUCAUGGGGAACACAUUACUCCACAUGGGAAGACUCGCUGUAUGUGGUUGAGAAGGUGAAUCGGUCGAACUUCGGUCUCUGUCUAGACAAUUUCCAUGUCAUCACAAAGCUGUGGGCCAAUGCGUUUGACAAAUCAGGGAAAUUUCCCAACGCCGACCGAGAUCUGGAGCAAUCGUUGCGUCGAUUCAGGGAGGGCUGCCCAGUUGACAAGAUCUUUUAUCUACAGUUCUCCGAUGGAGAGCUUUUCGAUCCGCCUUUUUCGGAAAAGCAUCCGUGGUAUCUGGAAGGCGAGGCACCGGAGUUUACUUGGUCUAAACAUGCUCGCCCGUUCCCGUUGGAGUCGGAGCUGGGCGGGUAUAUGCCUGUUGUGGAUGUUGCUAGAACGUGGAUUGUUGAGUCUGGAUUCAAGGGGUGGGUGUCUUUGGAGGUCUUUGAUCGAAGGAUGCGGGACGAGAGUUACCAGGUGCAGACCGCUGCAAAGAGAGGACAGGAGUCGUGGAGGAAGCUUAAGGCCGAAUUGGAGUCGUAG